UUAUUCUUGGGCUACAAACAGCUCAAAUCGGCAACUUUUGCACUUUCAGAUCUGGCAACAUUAUUCAUGCUGUUCGUUACUUUCUUUGAAAAUGCCUUUCGUUAUGGAACCCCUUUCAGAGAGCUCCGAUGUUAUUCCGUCAGAAAUUUUUGAAAAUUUAACGAGCUACUUAUUUUAUAAAUAUUUUCCCACUGAAGAUGCAGCUCAGAAAUUUUGCCAUCUGGUGGGAAUGGUUCCGCAUCCAGAUUUAACAAAUUUCAUUCCGCCUUGUCCUCGUUGCGGAGGCGCGAUGGAGAAAAAAGAAGAUUCAUCAGAGAAGUUCGGGUAUAUCUACCGCUGUGAGAAAAUAAAUCAAAGAGAAAAAAAGAGAAGACGAACUGGAGGCUUUAUCUGGAGAGCCAAGUGCACCGGCGCGAUCUCUUGUGCCCAAAAUACAUUUUUUGAAGGAGCUAAGCUCUCAGCUCAAAAGGUGCUGAUGAUUAUUUACUCGUGGGUCAAGGAUGAGCCGGUCACCCUCGCCGCGAGAGAAUGCGGCGUGGCCAAGCAUACAGCGGUGGACUGGUACAACUUCUGCCGGGAAAUUGCGGAGGUUAUCGUCUCUAACGAUCAAAAACAGAUUGGCGGUGAAAAUCUACGCGUCGAGGUUGAUGAAACUUUUACCAGGAGACGAAAGUACAACCGUGGGCGCAUAACCAAAGGCACCCAACUAACUAUUUUUGGUGCCUAUUGUCGGGAAACGCGAGAGAUGAUGUACUGGCAUGUGGAGAACAAAAGCAGACGCGUUCUAUGGAGCCACAUGUCCAGAUACAUCGCUCCAGGAUCCAUAAUCGUUUCCGACAGCGCGCCGCAAUAUCGCGGUUGUACGACGAUGGGCUUCUCGGAACACAAGACCGUUAAUCACAGCCAGCAGGGCCCCGGGAGAUUCGUCAACAGCGAUGAUCCCGAGGCUCAUACUCAAAACAUCGAGGGUAGACAUCGCUGGCUGAAGAAGUCCAUAAAGUCCCUCCGCACGGACAGGAGCCUGCAAAGUUACACCUGCACCUAUGUGUACAGGACGCGGUUUCUGUCCCAGUUGCCAACGGAAUCGGCAAAAUACCGGCAGUUCAUCGAACAUAUUGUGGCCGUCUACCCGGGUCCCGGUCGUGAAGGUCUCCAACUGAAGACGAUCGGUGUACCCGUGGACGAAGAUCAGCCGCCAGACGAGCCCUAUUUUGAUGUGUACCUGCCCGAUGAAGAGGAUCCGCAAGGAGAUGACGACCCCCCCACCUCGGACUCAACGAACACCUUUGUCGUCGACCCGAAGGACCAAGCGGAGGCAGGGACCAGCGGCCUCAGCGAAGCCUAGAUGUCGCCAAAUAGCGAGAGGACAGGGCCGAGGACAGCGCCUCCUCUUGCGGGAAACGCAGAGGAGGCGCUGUGAAUGUGAGUAUCUGUUUUUUUUUUUUUUUACGUUAAGCUUAGUUCACACUAACAAGUAAGCUCGAUUCGCUGGCGAAGGCGAAAACCGAAAAUCAUAGCGAAUAACACUUCAGACAUAACGUCGUUUCCAGCGAAUUUCGAGAAUCGCUUCGAAGUUCGGAACUGAUCCCCGAAAGGAGAAAUGAUGAUUUUUCCUAAUGAAAAAAAAAAAAUGUCGAGCUGGUUAACGACGAAAUAUCGGAAGCGGCCAUUUUGUUUUUCGAGACGACGUUUUCGCUCGCUUGCAAAUGAUCGGCUGCUUAAAAUUCGCAAUUGCUUUUCGUUUUUGGUUGUAUGGGCCAAUUUCGCUAAGUGAAUAAAAAUCGCUUUUCGCAUUGGCUUUCGAUAUUCGCUCAGUGUGAACUAAGCUUUAAGCGGGAAAUGAUUAGAGAGUUUAGAAGCGGUUGCGGUUCCUAUCGCUCGCGAGUUUUAACAGAGCGACGUGAUGGGACGUAAUACUUCUGCUUCGGCGGGCGUAACGAAUUCAUAAAAAUUCGAAUUGUCGGGGUUAAUUAACUAACUAAAAAUUAUUUUUCGUUUAUUUAUAUAAUAUGUCGUAUAACGUUAAACGUUAAAUUACUUAGCCUUUCUAACGGAAAAAAAAAUAAAAUUACGUAUUAUUUCGGUUAAAGUUAGGCAGCCUAAAGUUAUUUAUUAAUAAUAAUCGACGUUACUGAAAUAUUAAUAUAGACAUAAAAUUGAUUUUCGAAAACAACGAAUAAAUUAUUGCUAAGUAAUCUUUAUAACUGAAACUGAAAAUCGUAUCAAUAUUUUAUUUUAUUUUAUAAUUAUUAAUGAUCGAAGAUUUAGAAAUCGUUUAAUUAUAUUAGCUUUGUGUGUUAACGAUGACUCGGUGAGAUUUUACACUGAGCGGGAGCGACUAUUGCCCUUUAUCCUUUACUCGGAUAGAGUCGAUUAAGCCUAAGUGGUAUUAAAGGUGGUCGCUCUCGCCCGUUUACCUCGCUUUUGUUUCAAAGAAUAAUUGGUAAGGAGGGGGUUGGAACCCCCAAAUUAUAGACAUCAAACUGUCGAUUCGGGGAGAGGGAUUUCAUCCCCCAACCGGUAGACCCCCCUUUGCGAUCAAAAAAUGUCUAAUGAACCUCACACUAUGGAAGCGGAGUCACGUGACCGGAAAUGACGUACAUAUAGUCGCGGGCGUACCUAGUCGUGUAUGCUACGCGAGUUAGCGACGCGCGGCGCGAUCUCGCGCGGCUCGAUUUUGGGGGGGCUAUAUCUCGUGAAGGGUCGCCCGUAGGGGGGGUGUUCAUUAGACAUUAAUUGAUCGCAAAGGGGGGGUCUACCGGU